GGCGUCAUGACUCAUUCAGCGGCAUGACAUUUAUGUCGACGCGUUUCAAGUGCCAAGAUCCAAGGCCUUGACCUGCUCUCUAUAGCUAUCUACCUAACUGUACCAUGUCGCACAGAAUCAGGCUGGGCUAAUUCGCCGCCCGACUAAAUCACCCUAGUACUCUGUCUGGUACACACAGAAAGACUUGAGUUGUCCGAUACCCACAAAUACAUACAGAGGGCAUAAAUACGGCGUUAUGCACGUCUACGCUGCGACAUGACAAAUACAGAAGGCACAACUGAGACAUGAGAUCCCCUACAGCCACAAAGAGAGCAUUCUCCCCUCCCCCGUCCCCCCUGUCCCUCCCCCCCGCCCCCCGAAUUCACUCACAAGUACACCUGCUGAGUGUCUGUGAUGGGCUGUCGGCAUCUCGGGCACAGGCGGUCGGCCGGGGGGCCGCUCAUCAACACGCCAGCACACCCACCACACAGACAGAUGUGGCGCUGCAUGCACACACGGAUACCAAACAGACAUGUAAUAAUGACGGCAGCACGGCGUGACACUGUUGUGCUUACACAUGGGACGAGUAGAGUGGACUUGUAGUCGGCCAUGCAGACGUCGCACUUCAAACCGUCGUCAGCUGCAGCCGGUGUGGUAUCACUGCUGGCCUGCUGGUGCUGCUGCUGCAGGUGGUGACUCGACUGGACAAGCCUGAGGAGAAUAAGAUGGCAUUCAUACACGAAGAGACAUGUGGAUGGAUGGAUGUCGGUCUCAUGUCGAUUGGCUCACUUCCACUGUGCUUCUUGCAGCUGCCGUAUCAGCGCGUCGUUCUCCUGAUCCUUUUGGCUCAGUUGUCGGCGGAGCUGACCCACCAGAUGCUCGGCAGCAGCAGCACUGUCCGUCCCAACUCCGCUCUCUCCCCCGCCACAGCGUCCUCUCUGUCCAUCCGCUGCCUGUGAGCUGCUGCCGGCCGAUACGGACGUCCGCUGUGCCAAUGCCGUGUUGGCGAGUGGGCGGACAAGCCCGGGGGGAGGGGGCUGCUGCGGUCGGGGAGGCAAUGGAGAGGAGCCGAUGGACGGCGGCAUAGCAGCCAUUGGGACGAGGGGCGGGGGGCCGCUGACACACAAACACGAUACACACACACGAUGAGUGAAUGUGUCUCUGUCUGUCUGUCUGUCUGUGCGUACCGGUGUGCGCGUGUUUGGGUGGGCAUGUUAGUAUCCAGUCCACGGCCGGCAGGGGGCCGCCGUGCAGCAGACGUGAAAGGCAGACCACUGAUACUGCACCAACACAACGGAUAGAGAGAAGACCACACACACACUGUGCACUUAGAGUGGGCAGCAAUGCGCAUAUGAAAUUCGGCUUACUUGAGCGGCUGUGUAUGGGUCACAGGUGCAUGCUGGCGUGUGGAUGCCGGCUCUUGUUGGUCUGGCUGGAGGUGUGAACGUGCCUUCUUGUUUUUCUUUCGGACGACGGUCACGAACUCUGCGUCGCUUUCCUCACGAUCGACAGACGAGGUGGCGGGGGCAGGGACGGCAGACGAAACAUCACACGACGGUGAAGGGGCAGCACUGCACACAGAGAGAGAGGGAGGGAGAGGGAGAGACGGUGUCAGUGAGGCAAUGAGGCCGUCUUCACUGUGGCUGUGUGUGGUUACGGUUGGGGGUCGGCAGAUGGAGUAGAGGGCGGCUGCUCGUCUGCGUCGGUCUCGACCGCACCAGUGGCCACACUAAGGAAUGACACACACAGAACACAAAUCAUCUCUGCACAUCUGAUGGCCACUCGCGAGUGUAUGGGUGAUCCCACCUGCUGUCGGGUGCCUCGUCGUCCUCAAUCGCUUCAAGCUCGAUGGACACUGGCCGCUGCUGCUGCUCGCGCUGUUGCUGCUGCUGGUGUCCACCGAUCUUGCCGCCUCUCUUGGCCUUCUUGGCCUUCUCCCUCGCCUCCUCAGCUAUCAGCUCCUCGGCCAUCUUGGCGGCCAUGGCGGCACCACUGUCCUUCUGCUGCUGCUGCGGUGGGGCGCUCGGCUUUUGCAUGUCCUUGUGGAUGUCCUGCACGAGUUUGCGGAUGUAGCGAAGGGCCGGUGUGGUCCGCACCAGCUGGAUGUCCGCACCGUGCCGCAGCAGUGUGCGGACCACCUGCUUGGCCUUGUCGAGCUUCUCUGGUUCCGCCUUGGCUUUCUGGCGACGACCGGUCAAACAACAGCCCGCAAGCUCAAGCACCGAGAUCAUGUUGCCCUCUGCUUUUGUGUUGUUGAUCUCCUCCUUCCCGAGCCGCUCGCACAGCCACUCCACCACACAAGGCGCACCCGCAAGGACGGCGGUGCCGAGGGGCGUGUUGCCGUAUGCAUCCCUGGCUGUGAGGGAGGCGCCGUGUUGGGCCAGCAGGUCGAGGUAGGCGCAUAUGAAGUCACGCGACAUGACGCUCUCCGCCGCUCCGGCAUUGUGGAUGGGGGUGCCCUGCCUCUCGCCCCCCGUCUCGCUUACAAGCGCCGGGUCGUGCUCGAGCAUACGACGGUACACAUUCAGCAGGUCGGUCUCGUACUGGGGGGACGGAGGGGACGGAAGACAUGGCCAAAAAGCCAGGUGCAGCCCGUGGGUCACCGCACCAGCCCUGAGCAGCACGUCGACGGCCGUGACGUUGGCACACAAGCGGGUCCGAUGCAGAGGCCGGCCUUUUUCAUCCGGCCGACCGUUGGGAUUGGCCCCGGCCGCUAUGAGUGCUUCGAGCACCGCCUGCUGCAGCUCAUGGGAUGGCCACGGAGGGAGGGUAACGUCCGUGAUCUCCUCACCCACGACAUCGUCAUCGUCAUCGUCAUCGAUACGCCCGUUGACCACGUCGUCGAUGACCAAGGACAGCAACCCCAUGGGCGUCAGACGGCACGACGACAGGUGCAGCUGAAGACCCAGGUCCGCGUCGGCCCCCUCUUGACACAGACGAGUGACGUCCUCAGCCGAUGUGAUGGUGCGGCAGACGGCUCGGGCCGCCAGCUCCAUGGUGGCAGCAUCGUCGCCACCCUCGCUGCGGACACCGACCUUGGAGCAGCCCUGGGGCUCGAGCAGCUCCCUCAGGCGGCGAGAAUGAGGGUCUUCCAGUGCAGGCUCCCACUCCUGGUCCCAUACGGUGUGACGGCGGGGCUCCUCGGACAUCUGACCGGCACGCGUCUGCAACAGAAAAACAAAAUGAGGGGAAAUGAAGGAACAAGAGACCUGUGCGAGGAUUUGAGGCUGACCUGAUGUCCAAAUGGUCAACAGAGAGCCACGACUACAUCUUGCCGCCGGCCCAACGGUUUUGUUCCUUCCAGGGUGUUUACAUUUGGCUGGAUGGUCUGGCCGUACAAGCAACUAAUGCCAAUGGAUGAACCGUCCAUCCACCCAACACUCUGUCUGUCUGUCGGUGUGUCUGUCUGCCACUCGGUCUGUCUGUCUGAGCGACCGGACGCGCUCUUACAUACAUGAAGGGGGAAAGUCCCUGUGCGAGACGUUUAUUCAGAGAAGCCCUUAUGGUCUGGUUGGGCGCAUGCACAUGUCUUCACAGGCAUGUCUACACAAAGACCUAGAUACGCAUCAUGAUUCGUGUCUCAAACUGCCUCAUCCAGGCAAAAGAAGUUACACAAUCUCGCACAAUCUCACACCCCACACUUGCACCGCCCUUAGCGGCGCCCUCCCCAGCGAUUCAUCAAUCUGCACAUGCAGUGCUCGCGCUGCAGUGCUGGAUUAGAGGAACGGCUGGGCAGCCCAGCGCAUAACCUCCUCCCUCGACCCGGCAAAAGCCACCUUUUCUUUGCAGUGCUCGCACAGGUAGUCUGGCUCGUCAACCAUGUCCAGCAGCGGGAUCCUGUCCUCCUUCUUGCGGCCCUCAUUCAGUCUCUCGAUGCCCUCAUUCUCCUCACGACGGCGAGCAUUCUCCGUCUUGGCCUCCUCGAGGUCUCGCUGCCACUUGAUCUUGCGGUCCUCAUAGCAGUGGGGGCACAGCCGGAGGUGCUUGCAGGGCAUGUACAUGACCGAAGCGACGCCAUGCUCGCCGAAGCAGAUGUCGCAAUCCUCAAGAUCUCCCUCAUGUAGUUGCUGCGCUGAUGGCUGUUGCUGCUGCUGCCGCCUGCCUGCUGCGGGGGCGCUACUGGAUGACGACGAGCUGGGCUGCUGCUGCUGGACACUCAUCUGGGCAAGCCUGAUGGACAACCACACGGCAGACAGAUUGAUGGAUGGGUGUCGCGACUGGCCCGUUUCGUCGAUAGGCUCACUUCCGCUGUGCUUCUUGCAGCUGCCGCAUCAGCGCCUCCUCCCGCUGCUUGGCCUGUCGGUCUCGGUCCUCCAUCUGUCGACAUAGCUCGUUCACCAGCUGCUCACUCCCAUCGCCAGCAUCGACAGACCUGCAACGCAACGCAACACAGCGCGCAUGCAUCAUCCGUUGUGUGUGGCCUGAACGGCAUCCCUUUAUGGCGCCCGCUCACCCAGCGGCAGAAGCAGCGACGCGCCGCCUGUCCAUCGGAGGGGCGGGUGGGAGAG